GAUCCCUCUUCAGCAUGACAAUCCCUUGACAACACCAGCAGAUCUUCUCUCACCACCAACAUCAACCUCCACUACACCCAACAACAACAACCACCACCACCACCACCACAAGAAGACCAACAAUGUCCCACUCCCCUCCCUCCCCCUCUCCCUCCCCAUCCCCAUCACCACCAUUUCGCCCAUACCGACCACCACCACCCACCAACAACCACAACCACACCACCACCUUCGACACCUCCAUCCUCCCCAACGGCUCCAAAUCCCUCUCCGCCAUCUCCAUCCGCGCCUACCUCCUCGGCACCGUCCUCGGCGUCACCACAACCCUAACCAUCCUCUCCCUCCUCUACGACCCCCUAUACACGCCCCUCUGGCGCAUCCCCUUCUUCCUCUCUUCUCUCUCCCUCUUCCACUUCCUCGAAUACUACACCACCGCCGCAUACAACACCCAUUUCGCCACCGUCUCCGCCUACCUCCUCACCUCCAACGGCUGGGCCUAUAACAUCGCCCACGGCUCCGCGAUCCUCGAAUGUCUCCUCAUGCAUACAUAUUUCACCGCCCGCCCGGUGCCGUUAUACCUCCCCUCCUCUCUUACGGCCUACCAAGUAGCCGUUGGCUUACUGCUGAUGGUCCUGGGCCAGACGAUCCGCAGCGUGGCCAUGGCGCAGGCGGGCAGUAACUUUAAUCAUACGGUGCAGGUUACGCGCAGGGAAGGGCAUGUGCUUGUCACCGGGGGUGUGUAUAGUGUGUUGAGACAUCCGAGUUACUUUGGGUUCUUUUGGUGGGGGUUGGGGACCCAGUUGGUUCUUGGGAAUGGGGUGUGUUUUGUAGCGUAUGCGGUUGUCUUGUGGAGGUUUUUUAGUGGGAGGAUUUGGAGGGAGGAGAAGUUCCUGGUUGCCUUCUUUGGGGAGGAGUAUGAGCGGUAUAGGAAGAGGAGUUGGGUGGGGAUUCCGGGGAUUCAUUGAUUGUUGGAUUGGGAUCUUUGAUAUGAUACAUAUAUUGUUUGUUUCUCGUGGAGUACUGGACAGGGAGGUAUGGAGGGAUUGUAUAAUCAAGUGAUUAGUAUAUAAUAUGCAGUAAAAGAA